AUGGAUAAUCGAAAAGAACUUUACGAUUCUAUCAUUGUUAAAGUACCUUAUCCGCCAACAGUCACGGCUGAAGAUCUGUUUAAUUUGCGGAAACCUACAAAGAACGGAAAACCUCCAUCUAAAGUAAGCAAUAGCUUCAUGGUUUACCGCGGAGAAUUUUAUAAAGAAUUAAGGAAGACACAUCGCGGCAUACCACAAUACGUAGUAUCUCGCGUGGCGUCGAAUUCAUGGAAACUAGAACCCAAGCAAGUCAAAGAGAAAUAUCUUAAAAUCGCUCGAGAUUUGGAUAUGCUGUUCUUGGAAUCAAGCGAAAAAGCGAAUUUUCAGUUCCAGUCUUUGCUUCUAACUCCCGUCGCCUCUAAUCUUGAUUUGUCGUACUCUCAACAUCCGAUUUCUCAGGAAUUCAACCCUGACUUACCAUAUAUUCAGGGCAAGUCACCGACAGAAAAACAUACUUUAAAUGUUGAAUCAUCUCAAGAUGACAUGUACCCAUACUAUAUACCUUCUCAAUAUGAAAGUUUUCUCUAUCAAGAAGCGUACACAAAUUAUUUUUGCCAAGAGAAUUUAGAUUUGUAUACAAGCUUUACGAUACAACCAGAACAUUCCGAACAAAUAUACUGUGACGUGAACUUGAAUCUUUAUUAA